GCGCGAGUUUGGGUUUUUACUUUUUACUUCUUCUUUUUCUUUCCAUCUUGCUUCUCUUUUACUUUCCUCUUGAUUAGAAUUCUUCGUAUUGACGGUAUUGACCGAAAGAUAUUGAAAGAGGAAGGAAAGAAAGAAAGUAAUCAAUCGGUAUUUCAAGAAGAUAUCAAUCUAUCUUGUUUCUUCCCGUCGCAAUAGCAACGGAAGCGAGCGCCUUGCGCUAUCGACCUAUCCCACUUUCUACAAAACAUACACACGCCCACUACACACCCACACAAAAACUGAGCCAACAUGUCCGCCAGUCCUGAGAUUAAGCCGGUCGAGGAAGACCCUGUUCGAGCGCCUACACCCGGCGCCGGUGAUGACGAACCCCAGGGCGUUGAGGAAACACCCGCUGCCGAUGUGGAUGCCGACGAGGACGCAGAAGAAGAGAAGGAUAACGGGUCCGAUGACGAGUCGAUUCUGUCGGAGGUAGACGAGGCGCAGUUCGAGGACUUUGAUCCUGAGAAUGUCGACGUCGAGGACCGGCCGCAAUUGGCGAUUGACGAGGAUAACCUGAAGCUGAUUGGACGGCAUAAACGGAAGAGGACUGAGGAUGGGGAGAGGUCGACACGCAAGAGGGAGGGGCGCAGGGAGAAGAAGAGUCGGCGGAUGAGGGAUUUGGAGGAGGCUGGUGAUGAUGAUGGUGAGGGCAAGGCGAAGAAGAGGGAGAGGAAGAGGAGGGAGCCGAUCCCUGAGGAUGAUGAGACGUUGGAUCCUGCUACUCGUCGUCGUCGGGCUUUGGAUCGUGCUAUGGAUGAGGCGCUUAAGAAGCCUACUAAGAGGCGUUUUCGCAAGGCGGAUGGUAUUGAUCUGGAACAAAUGGCCGAUGCCGAGAUUGAGGAUAUGCGGAAGCGCAUGACCCAUGCUGCUCAGAUGGAUGCUAUCAGUCGUCGGGAGGGCAAGCCCGCUAUGCAUAAGUUGAAGAUGCUGCCCGAGGUGGUCUCUCUACUUAAUCGCAACCAGUAUGUCAACAGUUUGGUUGACCCUGAAAUCAACCUGCUUGAGGCGGUUAAGUUCUUCCUGGAGCCUUUGGAUGAUGGCUCGCUGCCGGCCUACAAUAUCCAGCGUGAUUUGAUGACCUCGCUGGCUAAGCUUCCGAUCAACAAGGAGGCGCUGGUUGCGAGUGGAAUCGGCAAGGUGAUUGUGUUCUACACACGGAGCAAACGUCCCGAAGCCGGCAUCAAGCGUAUGGCUGAGCGUCUGCUGGCUGAAUGGACGCGCCCUAUCCUCCAGCGCAGCGAUGAUUACUCCAAGCGAGUCUACCAGGAAGCGGAAUUCGAUCCUCGAAAAGUCCAACGUACUACGCAAUCGGCUCAGGCCACUGCGGCAGAAGCACGCGCUCGCGAACUGCUUCCCCCUCGUCUGGCGAACCGUGCCCGCGCCGAGAUCACACAUACCAGCUAUACUGUCGUUCCUCGUCCGACGAUGGUGCAGGAGAGCAAGUUCGCGCGGCCACUGGGUGCCAGUGGAGAGGAUCGAUUCCGAAAGAUGCGUGCACGACAGAUUGCGGCGUCGAAGGGAUCGCGUCGAUAGGGUUGUUUAUUAUUUUUCGUCGAUAUUCUUGUUGCCACAUGGUUGCUCCUCUUUUCUCUGUGUU